AAGUGCCGGCCGGCGAGCGGUUGUCAUCAGUUCCCCAGCUUUUAGCUUUGUGGAAGAGCGUUUGCCAGUGAACAGCAGCGAAAAGCCAAGCGAUUCAAGCCAAGCCAAGCAAAACCAGGCCAAAACCAAGCAAAACCAAGCCAAAAUCUAUUACCACAUCGAAGGUAGAUCCCCGAGAGAAACCAAGAUGAGUGAGCUGGCCAAACAGCAGGAGCAGGCGAGCCAGGAGCUGCUCGACUGCGACAUCGACUUCGAAGUCGAGGAGGUGCAGCCGGCGCCCAGGGAGCGGGAGCGGGAGGAGAGGAUCCCGGCCGGGAAGGCGGACAAGCGCUACUCCAAGGCGCUCAAGAAGGUGACCAAGGUGCAGCGCAUGCUGGAGCAGGCCAUGCUCCUGCUGGCCGAGGAGGAGGCCAGGGUGCGGCAGCAGGGGGAGAAGGAGCCCAAGAAGGCCAAGAAGCAGCAGAAGAAGCUGGCCAAGAAGGAGAAGAAGAAGGCCAAGAAGCAGGCCAAGAAGCAGGCCAAGGAGCAGAAGGAGGCGGGUCAGGAGCAGGAUGACUCCUCGUCCAGUUCCAGUUCCUCCAGCUCCAGUUCCAGCUCCAGCUCCAGCUCCAGCUCCAGCUCCUCCGGCUCGAGCUCCGAGGACGAGGAGGCGGUGAACUUCUACGGCUACGGCUGGGGUCGCAAUCCCUGGCGCCGCGGACCGCACGGCGGCUUCCCCCACCGACAUGGCCAUGGCCACGGCUUCCCCCACCGCCAUGGGCACAAGCACGGUCGCAAGCACGGCCACAAGCACGGCCACGGCCACGGACCCCACCACCACGGAAGGCACGGAAGACACGGACGCCACCACGAGGGACCCCACCACCCGCACCACUUGGGACCGCACUUCGGUCCCCACUUUGGACCCCACUUCGGACCCCACCCCUUCGGCUUCGACUUCGACCGGCGGUCCGCCUGGGCUCCUUGGCAGGAUCAGUCCCAGUUUUUUCGGUGGAUGGGCCUGCCGUGGGCCCUGGACAAUGCCGCGGCCUGUCGGAGGAGCCGAUCGCUGCCUAGACCUCUCCACGACUGUCGUGGAGAUCUCGGACUCGGAUUCGGGUUCGGGUUCGGACCCCGACACGGAUACGGACAUGGCCACCCGGGUAGACCACAUGGCCGUCGAGUAGAGCGCUCCCUUUCCCGCUCCCGCUCCCGUUCCAGUUCCAGUUCCAGUUCAAGCUCUAGUUCCAGUUCUGAGGAUGAGAAGAAGAAAAAGCGCUGCGGUAGGAAGUCCCGCCCCAGGAGGUCCCGCUCCAGUUCCAGUUCCAGUUCCAGUUCAAGCUCUAGUUCCAGUUCUGAGGAUGAGAAGAAGAAGAAGAAGAAUAAGAAGGGCAAAGGCAAGGGCAAGGGCAGGAAGGAGCGUUCCUCCUCCAGCUCCUCCUCAAGUUCCAGUUCCAGUUCGGAGAGCGAUGUGCCGAGGAAGCACCAUGGCCAUGGUCCCCGCUUCGGACCUCCCCAUGGCCACCAUGGCCACCAUGGCGGCCGCGGCCACCACUUCGGCCCUCAUCCUGGACAGCAUCACGGCGGUCAUGGCCCGCAUUUCGGACCCCAUCAUGGCCCUCACUUCGGACCCCAUCAUGGCCACCACCACUUCGGCCCACCCCGCAGACCGGAGUUCGGCUUUCCGCCAGAGGAACCCUUCAGGCACUUUGCCCACCGCGGACCCCACGGAGAACCCACCGAGGGACCGCCGCCACCGCCCACACCCUUCGGACCCCCAGCCGAGUUCUUUGGUCGAUCCCGAUCCCGGUCCCGGUCGCGCUGCCAGAAGGAAGGCCGGGAGAGAUCCCACUCCCGUGGGCAGGAAAAGUGCGGAAAUGGCGGGGAGAAGUGCAAGAAGAACAAGAAGAACAAGAAGAAGCACGGAAAGCACGGCCAUGGACAAGGACAUGGACAUGGACAUGGACAUCGCGGCUAGAGGGAGCACAGCUGGCAUUUAAAUGCGUCAAUAUUCCUUCAAUAUAUUCUUCAAUAUAACCAUUUAUCUAUAACCUCCUUUGCAACUGCAAAUCGUAUACCCAGAAAAGCUUUAUUACUGUUAUUGUUAUUAUAGAAAAACCAUUUAAAAGUAUAUUCAAUCAAAAAAAGAACAAAAACAAAAACCAAAUAAAUAGCUAUUGUAUUUACUACGAAA